AUGGGGGCAGGGGCUAUUUUGGAACCGCUGGUGGUCAUUGUCCUUCUUUUUGGUGGCACUUGGAUUAAUCGCACCUCUGGCUCGUUUCCUUCCUCACGGCGGUCUCGCGCCAAAUCCCCAGCUCGCCAUCGGGGAGCAUCGCCGGAUUCCUUCGAGUCGGGCCUUUCCUCUCCCACAUCAAAGGAUGGUCUUUUAAACAGCCGGCCACUGUCUCCGUCAUACUCACUAUCUGGACACGAUACAUGGCGCACCCGCCAAGUUAGAAUACUGUUGUGGGCAUUCGAACUUACCUCUCCAAACACUGCUGUUUUCCAUGAUCGUCUCCUCAGUCGCCUGCUACGAAAGUUGCCGUUCCUGGCCGAAUGUUGGUAUUGGGCGUUGGUCUACUGGACAUACCAAUUAGGGAGAGCGUUCACUGCCGUAACUCUACAAGAAGGAACUGUCGACGUAGCGCGGAAACAUGCCUUGCAACUUAUUGAAAUCGAACAAGCCCUGGGGCUCUUCUGGGAAGUCCCGAUCCAGCAGUUUUUCCUCCGGCACGCAUUACUCAUGAGAUGGACCAAUUGGAUCUAUUCAUUCAUUCAUAUUCCUGGAACCAUUGCAUUCUUAGUCUGGUUAUAUUAUUACACUAUUACAAGAAACCGACCCGAUGAAUCUCAACUGGGGACACCUCGAGGUGGCUCGCCAGCAGGGCCGCUCCUUUAUCAAGCCCGUCGGCGCACAUUAGCCGUAUGCAAUCUCCUUGCAUUUGUUGUUUUCACUCUGUGGCCAUGUAUGCCGCCUCGCCUGCUGAGCGACAAGGACGUCAAAGGACCCGAAGGGAAGCUGGCGCGCAGCUAUGGGUUCGUGGAUACCGUACACGGAGCCGAGGGCUCUGGCAGUGUGUGGACCGAAAAUAGGUUUUGCAAUCAAUACGCUGCAAUGCCCUCUCUGCACUUCGGAUAUUCUCUUAUGAUCGGACUCACCAUCAUGACAAUUCCACUACCGGCGCAUCAGCGCCUCUCGACUCGAAUUCGAAUUGGGCCCUUUGGGGUGCAGAUCCCAUCACGGCAUCGCUUGGUUUGUCUAUUCCUCGGCGCUGCCUAUCCGACCAUAAUUCUCGCUGCGAUUGUCGCAACGGCAAACCACUUCAUUCUCGACGCUGUUGCUGGCGCCAUUGUGUGUUCUCUUGGGUGGAAGUUCAACGGAGUCCUCUUGAAUUUAGUACCGUUGGAAGAUUACUUUCUUUGGGCGGUCCGAAUACACAAGCCAGAGCCAGCAGAAAUGGCAGAGGAUGUUGAACAAUGGUUUGGCGAUAGUGAUGUUGAAUGCACGCCGAUAGCUGCCUGA